GCCUUCAGAGGACCCAAUCAGUCAAUCCACCGCAGUCAGUCACAGGUGGCAGGCCCUGUUCUACAAGGCGCAGCUCGCCUCCACCCUCAGCCAAAGAUAAAAAAAGAAAGAAGAAGAGUCAUGCACUGAUUCACACUACAUUCCCAAACCAAUAGAUUUUCUAAUUUUUCAACUCUCUUGCUGCAGUGACUGAUUUUCUUUCAAUGGCAUUUCAUAAGGAAGACAGCCAGGAGGACGCGCGAGAGUGUCCAGUGUGCUACGAGUGUCUGUCGGGCACAGAGAGGACUCUAAGCUGCGGACAUGUGUUCUGUCACGACUGUCUGGUUAAAACGCUGGUCAGCAUCAACAGCAGCACUCUCAGAGACACCAUUGUUUGCCCCAUCUGCCGACAUCUUACAUUCAUCAAGAAACAAAAGGAAGCGCUCGUGUCCCUCGUGGCGGCCAAGGAGCCAGAUGAAGUGCAGACCCUGGAGGUGCCUCUCCCUACACCGAGGCACCUCCAGAGCGCACGGCGCGACUCCACGGACCGUUUACCGAGGGAAGUUAACUGGAUUGCUCGCUGCUAUAGGAGAAUGUCCGAAGGAAUUCGUCGACAUAGGUUGAUCAACCCCAGCCAUAAUGCAUCUCAGAUCUUUAUCAUCAGCACUCAGGGGCGACCCAUGGCUGAAGACGAUGCGCUCAGUGUUGUGAUGACUGUGGUUCAACCCCAUCGCAGGCAAAGGCGCAGGAUUUGCACAACUGCACGAUGCCUGCUCGUUUUGCUGUCAGCGUUUACUUUACUGGCACUGGUGGCUGCAACUUUACCCUGGAUUUUGUUGGCAUAGCCCUGUGAUGUGGAUGUGGAUUAUGACGUGCCAGGAAAAGGAUUAACUGUCAUUUAUAGAAAACAUCGUCCCAUCCAAGGAAUGAAGUUUAUACCAGUUAGCCUAUAUGCACUUUGGGAAUUAAUUUAUUUGUAUUACUGAUAAAAAAUAAUCUAAUGCAUUUUAGUAAAUAAUCGAUAAACUGAAAAUGUAUAAUAAGUCAAUAUGUUAAACAAGACCUACUUUAGUUUUAAACAUAGUUUUAAGAAUCGAUUAAGUAUUGUAAAUUCUUUCCUAGGCUUGUGAAUUACCUUUAAUGUGUAUUACCAAGCAACAGUCUUAUGUAAAGUAAAGGUUAAAGCCUUGACAGUUCAGUCUUAUGUGUUGUAUUCCUGUCUGUGGCAUGGUCUAUAUGUUUUAUGAAAAGCAAACAGG